UGGUGAUUGGGUAUUAAUGGGUCUAUGUCGAACUAGUUCAUUUUUGUGUUGAAUGUUGAUGGGUCUUGCGUCUACGGCCCAUUGAGAUUCAAAUGGUACUGAACCACAUUGAUUAUACCGAUCCCAUACCAUCGAGGCCAUUUUUGAGUUCUGGGAUUCCGACAUACGCCAUGCGCUUUUUGGUCAUGCCUCGUGCGCCGCCCUGUCCGUACGGUUCUUCCCUGGUGUGGGAAACAUUACGUUGUUCGAAUCGGAGGUAAUGUCUGGGCAUCCAGACAAUCAAUCCAAACUGUAGACUGUCUGAUUUCUCAAUUCAAACCCUGCAUGUGAAAGCGUCUGCUCCAAAAGGGUACUGACUAUUAGCUCUUCUCUUUUUGCCAAUUGCCAAUUCGCUUUUGUGUUUCUGAUUGUUUGUGGAGAGACCCACUUUCCUAAGGCUUUGGUUUUGAUCAUCAUAUGUUAUACAAAAUCCAAUUGUUCUGUUUUCGUUUGUGUUUUUCUAAAGUCCAAAGUAAUCGAUUUUUACAUGUCAAAGUAGCCUAUUGUAAUUUGAGAGCUGUCUACACACUUGGUGUUGUUCUUUUGAAACUUGAAGAUUGAGUAUAAGACGUUAAUUUUAGAACCAAGAUUGGAUUUUGAAUAAUGGGUCACGCUCAGGUUGAAAAAUUCCAAGAAAACGUAAAUCCGGAUUGGGAACAAGCAUUCGACCGGUUUGAAAGUGUUAUAGCCUCUGGUUCCGAAGCUAUGCGUUUGCAAGUUACAAAAAGGCUAGCUGCUCUAUGUAAACGUGCCCCUGAACAUGUAUUGGUCCUCACAAUACCAAUCCUUGCCGGACUUCUUGGGGAUGACUCUUCAAAUGGUAGUAGUUCCAUCCAAGAAGCCGCUGCUUAUUGUUUAUAUCGUAUAGCCUGUCAAGGUGAGGAUCGAAUAGCAAUAGAGAUAGGUCAGUCUGGUGCUGUGCAAUCUAUACUGAGGUUACUGCCACGUUCUGAUAAUGGUUUUCAGAGAAUUCUAAUAAAAUGUUUAUGGGGUUUUGUUACUUUUGGUAAAGGGAAUCGUGUGAUUGUAGCGAGGAAUGGUGGAUUAGAGAUCAUAAUUGGCAUGUUGAACUCAUAUACAGAUGAUACUAGAAGGUACUUGUUAGAGAUUCUUAGUGCAUUGGCAUUGUUGAGCGAGGUUAGGAGGGUCCUUGCUAGUUUAGGUGGCCUUGGCUUUCUUGUUGAAGCUGCUAGUUAUGGUAGUGUGGUGUCUAGGGAAAGAGCUUGUCAAGCAAUUGGAUUACUUGGUGUGACAAGACGUGGUCGGCAUAUGCUUGUUGAAUUGGGGGUGAUACCAGCGCUUGUUGAGUUGUUUCGUGAUGGAGAUGUUACAACGAAACUUGUAGCAGGUAAUUCGCUUGGUGUUAUCUCGGCUCAUGUUGGUUACAUCAGACCAGUUGCUGAAGCUGGAGCAAUCCCUUUAUAUGCCGAGCUUCUUCAGGGUCCUGAACAUAUUGGUAGGGAGAUUGCAGAGGAUGUGUUUUGUAUAUUAGCUGUUUCUGAAUCAAAUGCAGUUUCCAUUGUUGAACACUUGGUGAGAAUUCUUAUAGAAGGUGAUGAUGAAGCUAAAGCGGCAGCUGCUGAUGUUCUGUGGGAUCUAUCGGGGUACAAACACGCUGUGUCUGUUGUAAGGAACUCGGGUGUGAUACCAAUUCUAGUUGAUCUUCUGAGUGAUAGAAAUGUUGAAGUUAAGGAAAAGGUCUCUGGGGCUAUUGCCCAGUUGAGUUAUGAUGAGGCAGAUAGAUUGGCACUUGCCAAUGCUGGGGCAAUUCCAGUUCUCAUCGAAUUGUUACAUGACGAUUCUGAAGAACUAAGGGACAAUGCUGCUGAGGCUCUUAUAAAUUUCUCUGAGGAUCCUUUGCAGCAUGACCAAGUAUCAACAGCAUUUGAUGCUCCUUCUUUCCAGAACAUGCAGAACAGGUUGGCUCAUAUGCGUGCUUCUGAUGAGCACACAGUCAGAUCCAUGAGGCGGAUGAGCAUUGAGCAGCUUGCAUGGAACCCAGAUCUUGUCUGAUUGUUUUUUGAUAUAGUAUCCCUUUAAGGUCUAGAAAUAGAUUGUAAAACAGCUUUUAUGAAUUUUACAUAUUGUGCAAUGUAAAUUUUAGCCUUCCUUGAUAAAUUUUUAUGUGCACUCACCUUUAUUGAAUAUUGAUGCGUGAAAUGCAAGAGGACA